GUUGGCGUUGAUGCUCGUUUAUGCCGGUACGUACGUACGAUGUCUUCUCUCUUCCCGCCACACCAUCUCGAUACCUCUGCAUGUCGUAUCGGUUCAUCUCCAGGGAAAGGAAGAGGCGUCUUCGCUUCACAAGCAAUCCGUCAAGGAACUCUCAUUGAAAUUAGUCCCGUUUUGUUUUUCUCAAAGGACGAGUACGAAAAGCAAUAUGCUGUUCUAGAUCAUUACACGUUUCAAUGGAAGGAUGGGCGCAUAGCAUUGGCUCUGGGUCUUGGCUCUCUCUUCAACCAUUCGAAUAAGCCCAAUGUUUCAUACACUCUGGAUUCUGACACCGAGUCGAUAAGUUAUCACACUGCGCACGACGUCGAACCGAAUGAAGAACUUCUGAUCUUCUAUGACCAUGAGCUCUGGUUCGAACAAGCAGAACCUACAAACGCUUCAUUAUCUUCUCCCUCAGAAGUAGAUGACGGGUGGGGUGGCCUGUCCGUAAUCGAUGAGGAGCAACCUAAAACUGAAAGCCUCAGAAAUCCGUUUCUCUGUGGUGACUCGGACGCGAUUGUGGAGGAUGAACUACUUCCAUUCACAAGAAUCAAGCCACCGCCGGAAGAGGAAACUCUGGAAUCUAUCCGAACAGUACCCGCGUGGGUGGUCGAAAUACCUGAUCAACGCCAUAUUACAACAUUAUUAACGUGGCUAAAGAAAACCGGUUUGGAUGGUCCGGAACUGGGUCAUCUGAAGAGAAUUCGAAAGCAGGGCGACAGAGCGACAUUACUAUUAUCUCUCUCUCCGAUUCCUCCAGCUCUUCCUGAUGAUAUAAUGCUUCCGGAAACCUAUCAGAUACCUGUUCCUAUAUCUCCCGCCCUCACUUCAGCGUCCCUCGAGUGGAAGUCAUCAUUCUGGCCAACGCAUUAUACUCCGCGGAGGAAAGGUGAACCUGAAUCUUGGACGCGAGGGAAAUGCAAUUGGGCUUGGGAAGCAAUGGGAAGGGCCGUUUCAGAAGCUCGACGCGCACUCGUGGAUGGUGAACUUCCGGUGGCAGCAUAUGUACCUCCCACUUUCCAUGAAGAAGACGGUGCUUUUAUUGGUCGUGACACACGGACUUCAACACAACAUCCUUUGCGACAUGCAGUGCUCAACCUUGUUCGAGCACUAGCCGAUAAUCAAGGUGUCCAGAAAUCAAGUCCACAGACCCCGGUAGAAGGAGUCGCAACCCCUGGUUCUCGGAAUGGUUCCAACUAUCUCUUGAAUUCCCGGACGAUUUUCCUUACUCACGAGCCUUGUGUGAUGUGUAGCAUGGCCCUUUUGCAUUCACGAGUGAAGGAAGUGUUCUACUUGCUUCCCAUGCGGACUACUGGCGGUUGCGGUGGAUUAGUCUGUCUACCCACACUGCAGGGGGUAAACCAUCGCUUUGAAAUUUUCAGAUGGACCUUGAGAGGUGUAAAUACAAGAGGUUUGGUUAUCAAUGGGAAUACAGAUGCUUGAGAAUAUAUGUGCGGCUGGUCAGUCGCAACCUCAAUGCUUCAAA